AUGCAGAGUUCAAGGCUCAUAUCGUCCGGGAACCGUGCUGGCGCGACCGUUCAGUUGGGUCUAAACUUCCUUGCGGACCGCCUCGACGAAGAGAUGAGCGACAUGACGGGGGUGGCGCAGGGCGGGGAGCGUGAGAACGCCGAGGCGUUCCCACACGCGCGCUCGUCGCUGGCGGCGUACGAGCGGCGCCUACCGGACAGGUUCGACUGGCGAGCGCUGGGCGGCGUAUCUAAUGUGCGAUUCCAGGGCACCACAUGCUCGUCGUGCUGGACGAUCGCGGUGGCGGGCGCGGUGGAGGGCGCCCUGUUCCGUCGCACCAAGCGCCUCGUGCCACUCUCUGAACAGAACCUCGUUGACUGCGCAGGCCCGUGA